UCGUAUUAUGCUGAGUAUGUGACACCACGAGGAAGGAACACGUGGUUGUAACCCCCUUCAGAACAAUAACGUUUUGAUGAAAUCAUGUAACGUAUGUUUCCAUAGCAAAAAAUAAAAUAAAAUAAAAUAAUGGAGAACCAAACUGAAAUAGAGCGGCAGCUGGAGCCAUGGCGGCAACUCACCGGAAAAGUAGUAAUGGUAACCGGAGCAUCAUCGGGAAUCGGCCGUGAUUUCUGCCUCGAUCUAUCCUAUACUGGUUGUAGAAUCAUCGCUGCUGCUCGUCGUAUCGAUCGAUUGAAAUCUCUAUGUGAUGAGAUCAACGGAAUUGAUUCGAGUUCUUCGAAGGAAUUACGAGCAGUUGCGAUUGAGCUAGAUGUUAGUGCCAAUGGAGGUGUCAUUGAGGCUGCUGUUAAGAAAGCUUGGGAUGUGUUUGGAAGGAUUGAUGUUUUGGUAAAUAACGCCGGUAUUCGAGGCAAUGUGCACUCUCCACUGAAUUUGUCCGAGGAGGAAUGGAAUAAGAUCUACAACACAAAUCUAAGAGGGGCGUGGUUGGUGACCAAAUAUGUUUGUACACGUAUGCGUGCUGCUAAUCAAGGAGGAUCUGUCAUUAAUAUCUCUUCUACCGCUGGUCUUAAUCGUGGGAAAUUACCAGGCAGUCUUGCUUAUGCUUCUUCCAAGGAUGCUCUUAACAGCAUGACAAAGGUGAUGGCCAUCGAAUUUGGACCAUACAACAUCAGAGUGAACUCAAUAUCCCCAGGAGUUUUCAAAUCUGAGAUAACAGAGCAACUCAUACAAAAGGACUGGUUUAAAAAUGUUGCAUCGAAAACCAUUCCCUUGAAAACGCAUGGAACAUCAAAUCCCGCUUUGACUUCAUUAGUACGUUAUUUAAUCCACGAUUCCUCGGAAUAUGUUUCAGGCAACAUUUUCAUAGUAGAUGCUGGAGCUACUUUACCGGGGGUCCCGAUUUUCUCAUCCCUCUAGGAAAUCGAAUUUGUUCUCUUUGCGUAUAUUUAUACAUGAUCCGUAGCCUGUAGGUAUAGACAUGUUAGGGAAAAAACACAGUGCUUCCAAGUUCCAACAAUUUAUCUGUUUAAUUUGUGAAGGAAACAACAGCUUGAAUUUGGUUUCAGUUUGAACUAUAGUUCUUGCCA